GAGCAGAGUGAGCUGGGCCCCUCAGUGCCGCCACCACCUGAGAGAGCCUGACGGGCAGGCCACCUCCACGCGUCAGGAGCCCCCCAUUCUCUGCACCAUGAGCACCACCACGAGCCCAGAAGCCGCCCCCAAGCCAAGUGCCAAGUCUAUCUAUGAGCAGAGGAAGCGUUAUUCCACUGUGGUUAUGGCAGACGUUUCCCAGUAUCCAGUCAAUCACCUGGUGACGUUCUGCCUGGGGGAGGAGGACGGCGUGCACACCGUGGAGGACGCCUCGCGGCGGCUGGCCCUCAUGGACCGCCAGGGCCGCGUCUGGGCGCAGGACAUGCUGCUGCGCGUGUCUCCGGACCACGUCACGCUGCUCGACCCCACGUCCAAGGAGGAACUGGAGUCCUACCCGCUGGGUGCCAUCGUGCGCUGCGACGCGGUGGCGCUGCCGGGCCGGAGCCGCUCGCUGCUGCUGCUCGUGUGCCAGGAGCCGGAGCGCGCGCAGCCCGACGUGCACUUCUUCCAGGGCCUGCGGCUAGCGGCGGAGCUGAUCCGAGAGGACAUCCAGGGCGCUCUGCACUACUACCGGUCCGGCCGCGGGGAGCGCAGGACCGCAGCGCUCAGGGCUACGCGAGAGGAGCUGCAGCGCCGCCCCUCGCCGGCCGCCGAGACCCCUCCAUUGCAGCGCCGCCCGUCGAUCCGCGCGGUCAUCAGCACGGGGGAGGCGGGCCGGGGGCGACCCCAGGCCGAGCCCAUCCCGGAGGUGGAAGAGCCCCCGAGGCCGCGGCCCGGCCUGGCGGGGACCUCAGGCAGCGCUGUCCCGGCCUCCCCAGAUCUGGGCCCCCGGGGCCAGGACCUGGCCGGUCUGCAGGCAGAGCGGGAAGUGGACAUCCUCAACCACUUGUUCGACGACGUGGAGAGUUUUGUAUCGAAGCUGCAGAAGUCUGCGGAGGCAGCCCGGGUGCUGGAGCAUAGGGAGCGCGGCCGCAGGACCCGGCGGCGGGUGGCGGGGGAGGGCCUCCUGACGCUGCGGGCCAAGCCGCCCUCCGAGGGCAAGUACACGGACGUGCUUCAGAAAAUCAAGUACGCCUUCAGCCUGCUGGUGAGAACGCGUCCGGGCCGGGCCGUCAGAGGGCUGGAGCUGCCCCCAGAGGAAGGCUCCCCAUACAGCCCUGAGUUCUCCAGUGGCUGGGAGCCGCCGGCCACUGACCCACAGGGCCGUGCCUGGGAGGACCCGGUAGACAAACAGCUGCAGCAUGAGCGGCGGCGCCAUCAGCAAAGUGCCCCCCAGGUCGCUGUCAAUGGUCACCAAGACCCGGAACCAGAGGCUGAGCCCCAGCUGGAGCCCGAGGGGAAGUGGGUCCUUUGUAACUAUGACUUCCAGGCCCGCAACAGCAGUGAGCUAUCGGUGCAGCAGCAGGACGUGCUGGAGGUCCUGGAUGACCGGCGUAAGUGGUGGAAGGUUCGGGACCAGCGAGGCCAGGAGGGAUACGUGCCCUAUAAUAUCCUGACCCCCCACCGGGGGCCUCAGGCAAGCCGCAGCCUGGAGGACAGCACUCCCCCUCCCCUACCGGCCCCAGCUCCUGCCUCCCCUCGGCCCCCCUGGGACAGCUGCGAUAGCCUCAACUUGGACCCUGUAGAGAAAGAGAAAUUCUCCCAGAUGCUGUGUGUCAACGAGGAGCUGCAGGCGCGCCUGGCCCAGGGCCGCUCGGGCCCCAGCCGCCCCGCCCCGGGUCCCCGCGCCCAGGAGCCGCAGCUCAGCCCGCACUCGGACGCCUCGGAGGUCCGCGCCUGGCUGCAGGCCAAGGGGUUUAGCGCUGGGACCGUGGCCGCGCUGGGUGUGCUGACUGGGGCGCAGCUCUUCUCCCUGCAAAAGGAGGAGCUGCGGGCCGUGAGCCCCGAGGAGGGGGCCCGCGUGUACAGCCAGGUCACCGUGCAGCGGGCGCUGCUGGAGGACAGAGAGAAAGUGUCAGAGUUGGAGGCGGUGAUGGAGAAGCAAAAGAAGAAGGUGGAAGGCGACGUGCAAACGGAGGUUAUCUGACGCGACCCGGCUCCUCUGCCCCGUGUUGCGAGAAGCCCCGUGGGAGAAGGGGCUCUGCGGACUGCGCCCACCGGUGGAAGCAGAGCCCUCCCGAAGGCUCCACACCUGUACGGUGGAGUCUCCUGAGUGAGCGGACUGGCCGUGAGUGGGAGGGAAGGGCCACACUCGGGCCCUGGCACACUGUGAUCCGCCGCCCAGUCUAUAAACAGCCUCCUU